UUCCCUGUUCUUUCAGGCUUUAUAAGAUGGAGCAGCGGAGCCCUGACUCACAGCUUCAAAUUUGACACCCCCUGCAGCAGAGAAUUAAAUCUCCUGUGACAAACGCUGAACCAUGGCGAGUUGGAAACUCUCCCUGACGGCGGCACUCGCUCUGAUGUUCCUGCUAACAGGGUAUGCCUUCAAUUUGGAGUUGACCCCACAAGGAGAAGUGUGGUCCCGGGUUGGGGAGAAGGUGGUGCUGAGCUGCAGCGCGAAGGACUGUCCGUCCCCUUCAAUCAAAUGGACUCUCGGAACCGAUCGUCUCUUGGCAGGAGCAGUCAGAGAACAAGACUCGGAGUCCACCCUCACCAUCGGCCCGGUCACCGUGCAGGACGAAAAGAUGUACAGAUGUACCGCAAAAUGCGAGGCCAAACCAAAGCAGAGGGGUGCCAUUCUGCAUGUUUACUCUCUGCGGGACGCGGUCACUCUGGAGACGGUAGGGAGUUUGCAAGUCGGCAGGAAAGGCACCGUGAGAUGUAUCGUCCCCGAUGUCUACCCCGCUCAUUUCACAGUGCAGUGGCUGAAUGAAACGGGAGUAUUGAAAACUCAAGAAGUCGACGAUCCCACUGGGGAAAUACAGAAUGUGACCGUCACCUAUGAACUAACCCCAGAAUUGCAGCAUUCCGGACAAAAGCUUACUUGCCGAGUCAAUAUGCGCACUGAUAAGGAGCUUCAAGUCGAGGGAACGCUAACUCUGGACAUUCACUAUCCUCCCAGAAUGAUAAACAUUUCCGCAGAGCCCUCUCUCACCGUGAGGGAAGGUCAGGAUGCCUCGCUGACCUGUACUGCCGACGGCAAUUCUCCUGUCACCAUCGUGUGGAGCAAGUUAUCAGCCGACGGCUGGUCAGUGAUAGCCGAGAACCAACGUACAUAUCAGCUUUCACCGACCCGCAUCGAGCAUUCAGGAACCUACCGCUGUGAAGCCAAAAAUCAGCUGGGAAAAAGUACCACGGAGGUGGAAUUUCGCGUUCAGGGCGGCCCCAGAGACACCAGACUCUCCGUCACACCUUCUGCGGUGAAGGAGGGAGACUAUGUCACAAUCAGCUGCACAACCCACUCAAACCCUCCUGCCCGUCUUGUGCUGAGGAGGAAUUUUACAAGCGGACAGACGGAGCUGAAGUCGGAGAAUGGGACAUUUUCAACUCGUGCUGUUCAGCUGGCGGAUGGAGGAUGGUAUCAGUGUGAGGCCAGCAAUGAUCUGGGAACGCAGACUAUUCACACAGAACUCAUAGUGCAAUAUCCUCCUAAAAGGACAAACAUUUCUGCAAAACCCUCUCUCACCGUGAGGGAAGGUCAGGGUGCCUCGCUGACCUGUACUGCCGACAGCAGUUCUCCUGUCACCAUCGUGUGGAGCAAGUUAUCAGCCGACGGCUGGUCAGUGAUAGCCGAGAACCAAAGUACAUAUCAGCUUUCACCGACCCGCAUCGAGAAUUCGGGAACCUACCGCUGUGAAGCCAAAAAUGAGCUGGGGAAAAAUACCACGGAGGUGGAAUUUCGCGUUGAGGGCAGCCCCAGAGACACCAGACUCUCGGUCACACCUUCUGCGGUGAAGGAGGGAGACUAUGUCACAAUCAAAAGCACAACCCACUCAGACCCUGAGGGCAGCAAUGAUCUGGGAAUGCAGAUUAUUGACACAGAACCCAAUGUCCUUGCACAAGACGUAGUAGCCAAAGUUGAGAGUCCUGUGGGAGUCAUAGCAUCAGCUUACACAGGGGCGGCAAUGGGAUCGGUUGGACUGGUGCUUUCUGGUCUAUAUUACAUCUAUCGCAGAACCAACUUAAAGAAUUCAUACCAAAUGUCAAAUGACAUAUUGUGACAUUAAAAUAAAGGACUGAAAGAAGAGAACUUCCACUUCUAGCACAAUCUAAUCUCUUUUGCUGUGCUGUCAGGGCCAGUACGUUUGGAGACCAGAAGAUGAUAUUUGUUGCAUUAUAAACAUGUUUUAAAGACAUCACCAACAGCUGGUAUCCAGGGAAGAGAAAGAGGAGCACAUUUGAACUUUAGGCACUUUAUUGUAAAUAAUCCUCAAAAUUUACUGACUGUCUUGAAGGGAGUAUUAGCUGGAGUACUCAUGUUGGAGGAAAUGUAGCAGAAACAGUUCACUUUAAAUUGUUUCCUGCUCAAGUGAAAUGGUCUUUAAUAUUGCUCACCCAUGGCUCCCAGGCAUAUUUCAAACUGUUGGCACUCACCUGUGAAACAAGCCUAAUUUUCAGAUGUCAGAGGUACUCAGCCAUCAUCUAUGGAGGGAAAUGAACAGUCGAUGUUUCGGGCUGAGAUCCUUCAUUGGGAUUGUUCAUUUCCUUCCAUGGAUGCUAUCUCACUAGCUGAGAUCCUCCAGCAUUUUGUGUGUGUUGCUUAGGAUUUCCUUGUGUGAUUUGGGAGCAAAACACUGACUGUUCUGCAGCUUAUGUAUCACCAAUUAUUUGAACUCAUGAAGAGCAACUUUGUUGAUUAUCUGUAUUUUUUUAAACUGAUACUGCUUCCUCUCAAUACCUGUGAACUUCUGCUAUUAUUCAUAACACUUUGAACGAGGGACACUGUCAAUUGUGGAUGAAAUCUAGGAACUGUGUGCUGGGUUAGAAACAGGACUCGGGGCACCGUUAGCUGCUUGACAGAGUUUUCUGAAGCUGGAACUGGAACUGGAAGUGUUAACCAAGUGAAAAUGUACUUUUAAACUAAACCAACAAGUAAGAUGCAGACCGAGUCCUGAUGCAGGAUUUUGACCAGAAGUGUUCACAGUUCCAUUCCCCCCACCACAUAGAUGCUGCCUAAGCAUUGCUGCUCCAGAUUCCAGCAUCUGCAGUCUAGUGUCUCCAAAUCAAACGCAAUUUACUUUACACUCAACACAGGCUGAUUUGAUCAUUUUUAUGCACAAAUGUUAAAGCAGGCAAUAAUGUAUACUAAGCAACUUAAUAAAAAUAAAAUCCAAACUGUUUUGAAUUAAUACAUAAUUCAAAUUAAGUAACAUUUUUUUUCACAAUUAGAAUGCAAUAUCAUCACCUUCAUUGCUGUCAAUGUUUGAAAAUGUUUUCAAGGAGGAAGCCAGGGUUUUUACUGAUGGUUCCAUUGAGUUGAAACAAAAUGUCCGUGUUGAGUCUUCCCUGAUGUGGUUUGUUUACCUCCAGUUACUAGAUCUCACUAUUUGUAAAUUCUCCACUGUUGUUAAAGCAAUUUGUAGCAAGUUGAGAGAGUUUGUACUGUAAUGCGUUGGUGAAUAAUAAAACCGCCUUCAACUACAA